CUCAAGACGAGGACAAACAGUUUUGCACUUUAUCAUUAUCAUCCUUCCAACUUCAUCUCCUCUAUCAUGGCUCCAUCAGCCACCCUCCUCUUCCUCCUCGGCGUGCUGACCUCCACCGGCUCUCUGCCUCCUCCUCGGAUCUCCUUCCUCUUCAACUCCACAGAACGACCUCUCAUCCACUUCAGCCUCUGUGAUGUACACAACACCACCACACUGUUGCUGAGCGACGAUGGGUCCACCCUGUAUGUCGGGGCGCGAGAUGCUGUCCUCUCGUUGGACAUCAGUCAUAGUGAUGUCAUCAGCCUGAAGAGGAAGGUGUCAUGGCGUCCGUCUGAGGAUGACAUUAGGGAGUGUCAAGUUAAAGGGAAGAAUCCAGAGGUCGACUGUCCGAACUUUGUCCGUGUGCUGCAGCUGAUAAACUCCACCCACCUUUACACCUGUGGCAGCUUCGCCUUCAACCCUCGUGAUGCCUUCAUCGAUGCUGCGAGUUUCUCUAUGGUUCAAUAUGAUAGUGUUAAAGGUCGCUGUCCAUUCAGCCCCUUCCAGAGGAACACCGCCAUCGUCAUCGAUGGCGAGCUGUUCACCGCUACAACCAGUGACUUCAGAGGAGUCAAACCGCAGAUUUCUCGACACUUCAGCAAACGCAGUCAUCCUAAUGUCCAUCAGGACACGUCUGUCAGUUUACUGGAUGAGCCAACUUUCGUUGGCUCGUCGUCGGACCCGGCGGAGAGGAAGCUCUACUUCUUCUUCAGUGAAGUUGGGAAAGAGUUCAGCUUCAUUGAUGAGCUGCAGAUUCCACGAGUCGCACAAGUCUGUAGGGAUGACGUCGGUGGACAGAGGACUCUGCAGAAGAAGUGGACGUCCUUCGCCAAAGCUUCUCUUCUCUGUCAAUCUCACAAACAGCUUCCCUUCAACAUUCUCCAGGACGUGUUCACCCUGCAGCCACCAGAGGGCAGCAAUCCCUCUGACACCCUGUUCUAUGGCGUCUUCACCUCUCAGUGGUCCUCAGGUCGUCAGUCUGCUGUCUGCGUCUUUAAGCUGCAGGACAUCAGGACGGUGUUCUCUGGGAGCUAUAGGACCUUCGACAUGGAGAUGCACCAGUGGAGUUCACUGCUGGGAAAACACUCGUACCUGGGACAGUGUGGACUGGACAAAGCCACCGAUUCAGAGCUAGAGGAGGUGAAGAGGAGUUUUCUGACCAGUGGUGGAGUCAAACCUGUGGCAGACGGUCCAGUGGUUGUUUCCUCUGAGCAUCAGUACAGUCGUGUGGUGGCGAUGAGGACGACAGCAGCAAACGGCAAACAGUACACCGUCCUUUUUCUGCUCACAGAGUCUGGAUUCCUGCACAAGAUUGUUGUUCUGGAUUGGGGUGCCCUGGUCAUUGAGGAGAUUCAGGUCUUCACACAGCCACAGCUGGUGAAGAGCAUCGUUCUCUCGACCACCAGGGGGGCAGUAUACGUGGGAACGUCUGAGGGUGUCACCUCCGUCCCUGUGGCGAACUGCUCCGUUUACAGAAGCUGCGGUCAGUGUGUUCUGGCCAGAGAUCCUCUGUGUGGGUGGAGUCCGACCAGGAGGGAGUGCACAAAUCUGAACAACGAUCGUGAUCACAUAGUUCAGGAUGUGGAAAAUGGAAAUAUAGAAAAAGCAUGUCUACAACAAAUCACUAACAGUGAGGACACAGCAGAGGUCAGUGUUGGUCUGAAUGAAGUGGUUCGACUCCAGUGUGUCAAACCUUCCAACAUGGCCGCUCUGACCUGGAAGUCCCCUCAGUUCAAACACCUGCCAGAGAAACUCUUCAUCCAAUCAGCCGACGGCAGCCUCAUCUUCCAUGCUGCCGAUGCCACCUUUGGGACGUACCGCUGUGAGGCAGAGGAGGGCGGUUACAAGGAAGUGGUCGUGAGUUAUACUGUCCAACCAAUGAUUUCUCCACGCUCAAUGAUCCCAAACGCUGACAAGGACCCCAGGUCCAACAGUGAAGACGAUUCACAUUACAUUGUUCCUGAGGAAGAACUGACGUCAACACUACUACCGUCAGGAGACGCAGAGGAUGAAGGGGAUGAAUUCUCAACCAACCGUGAAGAUGAUGACAUGUCCAACAACCCCAAAUUUCAGGAUGAUGGUUUGAACUUGACCUUCAGGAACAACAACCAGUCCUUGAAGGAGACACUCAACAUCCCAGAGAAAAGUUACUACAGUGAGCUGGUGGUCGUUUCACUGCUGCUGGUGAUCUGCAUCUUCAUCCUGGUGGUUGGAGGUGCUCUCCUGUGGCGCCAGAGGAAAGCGGGCGUCAAAAAGAAUCACCUGGUCAGUGCUGACGCUGAUCGUGAGCCAGAGGUGGUGGAGACAUAAAGUUUAACUGCAUGGACUGACGCCAAGAAGUAGAAGGUCCAGGACUCACAGGAUUUAAAUUGUCAGGUUUAAAAAAAGCUCAGAAAUUCAACCUUGUCAGAUUCUUUUCACGCUCGGUUUUAUCUUGAUGUUUUUUGUUGUUGUUACUUGAUGCAAAAUUAUUUUUAUUUUCAUGUCGUUUGGAUGAGAAGUGACACGGAAUCUUUUUCAUAAUGUGUAAAAUAUUUUUGUUAUUGUUUGAAAACACUUAAUAAAAA